CAGCUACCAUGUAUACCGGUUGGUAAUGUUGUACUGGAUUUGGUGGUGAUUGGUUGCGGCCCAGCUGGUCUUGCUCUUGCUGCUGAAUCGGCUAAGCCAGGCACCCACGGGAACGACGUUGCAUUCCACUCUCUUCUCCAAAACCCUUGCAGUACGUCACGGCGGAGCUCGUUGCAUCUCGAACUGCGAUCCCGCGGAAGCUAUGGGCAUUAAAUGGGUUUUGCAUUGGCAACCCAAUGCUGGAAACACAAUCAACAGCCAGAUCUUGAACGAAAUCUCUCAGUGCGCCGAAAGCAUCAAUGGGGUGAAGGAAGGAAGGUGGAAAGCUACCCUCACUUUUUACAAGCCCAUGCUUAGAGAACAAGCAUCGGCAGCUGAAUUUCCUCGGGAGUUCCUAGGGAUAUCGGUUCCGGAGCAGCCAAAUAAGUACUACUUUGUAAUUCGGGGGCAGAAGAUAGUUCUUGAGGCGGAGCAGACAAUUCAGACAAUUAUGGAAAAGUUGCAAUCUUACAAAACAAGGGUGUCACUCAAUUUCGAGGGGUCUCAGUAUCAACUUGGUGACUUCCAGUUGAGAGUUGGGAAAGCAGUUCUGAUGCAGUCUGAGAGUUUGAGGGGAAUAGUUAUGGAGAUGGAGUAUCUUCCCAUUUCUUCACUAGAUAAAUCGCGACAGAUCAUGGAGGAGUUCUUUGAUAUAUGGCAGGAAGCUCUGUCAAAGAGAUCAUUGCCAGGUCAUUUUACUCAUGUAGAACCAAACUUCACGGAGUACGGUCUCUCAGAUAACUAUACUUCACAACACACGGCUGUUCAGUAUGCUAUGGUCACGACUCAACUGAUAGCAUCAGCUCAGGCUAUGCAAGUUGCGAGAAAUUAGAUGAUGAGAGAUUUCAGAAACCUGGCUCUGUAUGAUAGUUGUAGGAGCGAUCCUGCUCUUUGAAGUGAAUGCAACUAUGGUUAAGUUAAUGCAUUGCUUGAUUCUGGAGCUUUUUUGGGUCCUUUUAUUUUUGUGUGUUUUUGUAAGGCAUGUAUUGAAUAUAAUGUUGCUGAUUUUGGCAGAGGGUAUCACUAUCUAUCAAAGCGAUAUCAGCAAAACAAGUUUCUGGCA